AUGAUGCUUGUGUCCCCACCAUACCCGCCGUACUUUCCCGCCACCAGUUUAAUUCCCAGCCGCCACCCCCGGCGGAUUCCGGUGGUUCUUAAUUGCCGCCGCUCUGUCAUCGCGUCGUUUUCGGCCUCCACUUCCGAUAAUGUGGACGCUUUUACGAAGUACUCGGGGUAUCUUUUCGAGCUCAGCACGUCGGAAGCCGAGUCUUUAACUGAAUACAAUAUAUCGAGAAUCUCUGCAAUCUAUAAGAAGAAGCCUUUUGUUCUUCUCCGCCGCCUGUUCCAAAUUGGCACCACUUUUGGCAAAUGGUUUGCGCUCCGCUACUACGAUAGCCUCACCGAGCGUUCUGACCUGAUGUUCGAGGUUAGAGCUGCAGAAUUGAGAAAGAUAUUGGUACAACUUGGUCCGGCAUAUAUUAAAAUAGCUCAGGCUAUUUCAACUCGACCUGAUUUAAUACCACCUGCAUAUUUGGAUGAGCUUGCACUGUUGCAAGAUCAAAUAACACCAUUUUCCACUGAAGUUGCUUUUGAUACAAUAGAACAAGAACUUGGAUUACCAAUAGAUGCACUUUUCUCAGAGAUUUCACCUGAUCCUGUGGCAGCAGCAUCACUUGGACAGGUCUAUCAAGCUAGACUUCGUCCUAGUGGAAAGGUUGUUGCCGUCAAAGUGCAAAGGCCAGGAGUUAGAGCUGCAAUCUCGUUGGACAUAUUAAUUUUGCGCUACCUUGCAGUGCUGGUGAAGAAAGCAGGAAAAUUUAACACUGACCUUCAGGCAGUCGUCGAUGAAUGGGCCUCAAGUCUUUUUCGGGAGAUGGACUAUAAGAGCGAAGCAAACAACGGAGUCAAAUUUAAACAGCUAUAUGGUGGUAUACAAGAUGUUCUGGUUCCUGAGAUGUAUGUAGAGCAAACAACUCGCAAGAUUCUCAUCAUGCAAUGGGUGGAGGGUCAAAAACUUUCUGAAGUUAAGGAUCUUUAUAUGAUUGAGAUUGGAGUUUAUUGCUCAUUCAACCAACUUCUAGAGUACGGGUUCUAUCAUGCUGAUCCACAUCCUGGAAAUUUACUUCGUACAUAUGAUGGGAAACUAGCCUACAUAGACUUUGGCAUGAUGGGUGAGUUCAAACAAGAACUUCGUGACGGUUUCAUUGAAGCUUGUCUCCAUCUUGUAAACCGUGAUUAUGAUGCACUGGCCAAAGACUUUGUAACUCUUGGGCUUCUUCCACCAACAGCAGACAAGGAUGCUGUUACUAAGGCAUUAACAGGUGUCUUUCGAGAUGCUGUUGCCAGAGGAGUUAGCAACAUAAGUUUUGGGGACCUAUUGGGAAAUUUGGGAACCACUAUGUACAAAUUCAAAUUCAGAAUACCUUCUUAUUUCUCGCUUGUCAUCAGAAGCCUCGCGGUUCUAGAGGGAAUUGCCAUUACCUUUAACCCAAAUUACAAAGUUUUGGGUAGUACUUACCCAUGGAUUGCCAGAAAGGUGCUAACUGACACCUCACCAAGGCUGCAAUCUUCUUUGCGAAGUCUUCUUUACAAGGAUGGUAUGUUCAACAUUGAACGGUUAGAGUCACUCAUAACAGAGUCGCUACGUGCCAAGACAGAGAGAGCUUUGAUUAAGAAGCAAGUAGGGUCUGACAACUCCAGGAUGGUUAUCAAGCAAAUCCUUUUCUUCACUUUGGAUGAGAAGGGUGCAUUUGUGAGAGAAAUUCUUCUUGAAGAAUUUGCUAAGGGAUUGGAUGCACUUGGACUAGCAACCCUGGAUUCAGUAACACGUGCAAUGACGGCAAACAUACCCUUCACAGCUUCAGGUUCUUUCUCCUCCAUGACUAAUGAAGAUAUCACCAACCUGCAAAAUUUGCGUCGCCUCUUGGCAUUGAUAUCAGGAGUACAAGAGACUGGAACAUCUAACAUGGGGGAUCAAGGAGUCGGCUGUCCAUACAAAGAUCAGAGGCCACCCUCAAAUGGAGCAUCGCUGGUUCCUUACCAAUUUCAAUCUUUUCAAGAAAUAAUACCGCUCCUCUCCAUCGUUGCUGAGCUCCCACAAGAGACACAACAGCAAUUACUACGCCUGCCAGCUGAUCUGGCUGCUAAGUUAGUUUCCCGGACGACUCCCUAUUCAGCAGCAGGUUUAGAAAGACGUUAUUGUACUUCGAUCCCAGUCUCAAGAUUGGAGAGCUUAAAUCCAGAAACUGAGAAAAGUGAGGAUUUCAUACUGGAAUGCAUCUACAGUAUCACAUCAUUGGAGGACAACCAUGUGCUUGAAGCAUCAAAAGACCCUGGUGGUGCCACGGUUAUUGAAGCAUUUCUCAAUUCAAAUGCUUCGACUAAACAUAAGUGCAAGUUGGUUAUCAAGUGUCUGAGAAGUUCUUGA